UUAAACGUCAAUUUCCCCCACAAGUAACUAUACACCUCGAAAUUUUUGAAAAUUGCUGAGAUCGCGGAGAUCGAAAAUGACCCAUGAACCGCAAAAGCCCGCCAAGCCGGCAGCCAAGGAGCCUCCGGCAGUGAGCGUGGAGACCAGAACCACGGACAAGUGCCUGGCGGACUUUUGCAUGAAAGGCGGAAGUGGCCUGAUCGUGGGCAGCGUGUUCACCUUGUUCUUCACGCGACCACAAACCUAUCCCAUUUGGCUGGGACUGGGCAUCGGAAUGGGCGUGGCCUACGACUGCUGCCAGAGUCGCUGGAAUGAGCAGUAGUGUUCAACGAUCUGAGCUUCAAUAAAUGCCGGCUUCCUCUUAGAAAAUGCUCUAGAUCCGGAGUUGCUGCCACUAUGAUAUGUCGUUUUUGUAAUAUUUUCUAAUACUCUCG